AUGGUCGCUACCACGCCGGGGACAGACAGAUAUAAUUCUGGCCGGCAAAAACAGGCUGCCGGACUUGGGCACGAAAGCGAUGAUGUAAAUGAGACUACGGCUCUCCUUGGAUCCGGCACGUCCACGCGCUCUGACGUGCGUACGUUGGAUCCUGCAGACGGGUCGUCACCCCCGGAUGGUGACAGCGCGGACGACAACGGUGAUGAUGAGGAAAAGCCUCUGCCCAAGCUCCAAGUCCUGCUACUCUGCUAUGCCCGAGCGAUCGAGCCCCUGGCUUUCUUCUCCAUCUUCCCCUACGUCAACCAGAUGGUCCAGGACAACGGGGACGUUGCGGACUCGGAUGUCGGCUUCUACAGCGGACUCAUUGAGUCUUUAUUCUCCCUGACGCAGGCCAUCGUUAUGAUAUUCUGGGGCCGAGCAGCCGACCGCGUCGGGCGCAAGCCGGUCCUGGUCUUCUCUUUGUUCGGUGUGACCGCAGCAACGGGCCUCUUCGGGCUAGCAAAGACCAUACCACAGAUGAUCCUUUUCAGGUGCCUUGCUGGCGUCUUUGCGGGGACCAUCGUCACCAUCCGCACUAUGGUGGCCGAGCACAGCACGACCAAGACCCAGGCCCGGGCCUUCAGUUGGUUCGCUUUUAGCGGGAACCUGGGCAUCUUCUUGGGACCUCUGUUGGGCGGUGCCCUUGCCGAUCCGGUACGCCAGUACCCGGGCGCCUUUGGAGCCGUGCAAUUUUUCAAGGACUAUCCAUAUGCACUCUCAAGCCUGGUGGUGGCGUUCGUUGGGGCCACCGCUGCCGUGUCUACUGCCUGUUUUGUUCAGGAGACGCUAAAGAGGGAGCCGGCAUCUGACGAUGCGCCGGCCCAACGCGUGGAUACUUCGGUUUCCCAGCUUCUGAUAUCGCCAGGUGUGGGCAUGGUCAUCUACACGUACGGGCACAUCAUGGUCCUCGCCUAUGCCUAUACGGCCGUUGUCCCCGUGUUUUGGUUCACCCCCGUACAUCUCGGGGGAUACGGCUUCACGCCACUGCAAAUCUCGCUGAUGAUGGGUCUGAAUGGCGCUGCCCAAGCCGCGUGGCUCCUCCUGGUUUUCCCCCCAUUGCAGCAGAGGAUCGGGUCGAACGGAGUGAUACGCCUCUGCGCCUCUGCCUAUCCGGUAUUCUUCAUGUGCUGCCCCAUUGGCAAUGUCCUUCUGCGGGCAGGGACCGAAGCAUCUGUCAAGACUUUUUGGGUCUUCACGCCACUGAUGUUGGCCGUAGGCUGCGGUGUUAGCAUGAGCUUCACGGCGAUCCAACUCGCUCUGAACGACAUUUCACCCUCGGCGAGGGUCCUGGGCACGCUGAAUGCUCUGGCCCUGACUGGCGUUAGCGGUCUGAGGGCCUUCUGCCCGGCUCUCUUCACCAGCGUCUUCGCUCUGGGGGCGAGAACACAAUUGGCGGGGGUUUACGCCAUCUGGAUUCUUCUGGUCCUACUUGCUUCCGGUUUAUCGCUUGUAGCGAGAUACCUACCCGAGCCCGGGGAGGCCCGUAAGCGCCGAAAUAACCAAGAGAGUUGA